AUGACCGCCGACGCACCCUACCGCCUGGGUCCUCUCGCGGACGUCAACGCGAAAGGCGGCGAAUACGGCAACGCUCUCCAAGCCGCCUCAGCGAGAGGCCAUAAAGCGAUCGUCAAACUGCUGUUAGACGUCAACACGCAGGGCGGCGAAUAUGGCAGCGCUCUCCAGGCUGCCUCAGGGGAAGGCCAUAAAGAGAUUGUCAAAUACUGUGUGACAGUAUUCGGGCUGCUGCGUAUAGUAUGA